CGGUUAAUAAGAGAUAGGGCGUUAAGUAAAGCAUUAAUACGGUUUUCAAAAUGGCGGAUGGUGACAGUGCGGACAAAAUAAAAAUUACUGUGAAAACAGCAACUAGUAAAGAAGUUAUAGAAGUUUCAGAGAAUGCAACUAUAAAAGAGCUUCGAGAAGUUAUUCAUAACAAAUUUGAAGCACCUGUUGAACAGCUUUGUUUGAUAUUUGCGGGACGUAUUUUAAAAGAUGCAGACACAGUUAAGUCAGAAGGAAUAAAAGAUGGAAUAACUAUACAUCUGGUAAUCAAGUCACAAAACAAGGCACAAGCACAGGCAGCAAGUCAUGCAUCAGCCUCCGCUACAGCAAAUCCACAAGUAGCAAGCUCUCCUACCGGUGGAGGUGCUUCAUCUAAUUUGUUAUUCGGAAACAGCUUUGGAGGAGGGGGUGGAGGAGGUGGUGAUUUUCGUCAACAGAUGACACAACAGAUGCUUAAUAAUCCAGAAAUGUUGCGCCAAGCAUUAGAUAACCCUCUCAUUCAAAAUAUAACCUCGAAUCCAGAUCUGAUGCGUUCCGUUAUGACAAGUAAUCCAGAAAUGCAGAACCUAAUGGAGAGGAAUCCAGAAAUCUCACAUCUGUUGAAUAAUCCAGAGUUGAUGCGUCAGACUAUGGAAAUGAUGAGAAACCCUGCAAUGAUGCAAGAAAUGAUGAGAAAUCAAGACAGAGCUAUGAGUAACCUGGAGAGUAUACCAGGUGGUUUCAAUGCCUUGAGACGAUUAUACACUGAUGUUCAAGAACCUAUGAUGAAUGCUGCUGAAGAACAGAUGCGAUCAAGAUUGGAUCCUAACCAAGCUAGUGGUGGGGCAACAAGUCCUGUUAAUCCACAAAGAGGCACAGAAAAUCUUGACCCUCUACCCAAUCCAUGGAACCCUAAUGCAGGAAGCACCUCAGCGCCAUCUUCCUCUGGUACUUCAACUGCAUCAACAGCAAACCCAUUCAGUUUGUUCAGUGCAAACUCAGGUGCUAAUCUAAGUUCAACAGAAAGCAUGCAAAGUUUGUUCUCUCAAGUCCAGUCGAAUCCGGAACUGCAAGCCAAUGCAUUACAAUCACCUUUCAUGCAGCAAAUGAUGAAUCAAAUGAUGAGUAACCCCACCUUAAUGACAGCAGCUCUACGCAGCAACCCGAUGUUUGCUCAAAAUCCACAACUGGCAGAGCAGGUAGCACAACAAAUGCCACAACUUUUGGAAAGGCUACAAAAUCCAGAAGUGAGAAAUAGCAUGAGUAACCCUCGGGUUAUUCAAGCCAUCCAACAAAUUCAGCAGGGAAUGCAAACCUUACAAUCGGAAGCUCCCGAGUUAAUGCCAAUGUUUGGCAUGCCAAGUGGCACUCCCUCUACCGCAACAGCCAGCACCACUGCUUCCACUACGACUACUACUUCUUCAACUCAACCAAACGUUGAUCCACUCAAUUCUCUGUUUGGACAGCUAAUGACAAGUAUGGCUGCACAACAACAAGCCGGACAGGCUAGUGGUCAGCAGCAGCCCAUUGUGCCCCCUGAACAACGCUAUCAAAUACAGUUGGAGCAAUUGUCAUCAAUGGGCUUUAAUGACAGAGCAGCAAAUAUUCAAGCAUUGGUGUCAACAGGAGGCGAUGUGAAUGCAGCUAUCGAACGUCUUAUUGGAGGUUAAUGGAAAUGGAUUUGAACAAUCUAAAUUAUCUAUCACUUAAAUUUGUUGAUAGUUGUGAUAAUGUUUUCAAACAGAAUAUAUACCUAAUAUUGUUAACAUUUGAACAUUAUUGAUAUGCAAAAAACAUUUAAAUUUAAUAUGAAAUAAUUCCAUUUACACGUCGCUCUUUUUGGCCAAGCAUUUUUUU